GCAAUUCUUCCUCAUAGUUGGCAACGCGAUUAGUAUGUUGAUGAAAAAAUGAAAUUACGAUCAGCAGGCAUAGCAGAAAAUUUUAGUGGCUAAAAAAUUAAUCAAAUAAAAAUUUUGUAAUAAAUUGUGCAAUUAUUUAAAUGACAAAUAGCUGCUGCAAACCAAGAAUUUAGAUAAAUACUUACAUAGAAAUACAAAACGCAUAAUAGGAACACUAAGUAUACUUUCAAGGUGAUGGAACUGUCUGAAGUGAUGCACGGCACCCCUCUGCUUAUGAUAAGAUUUAUGCUUGAUUGCUAAACGCUCGAGAAAAUUACCUAAAGUCAAAUACCAACGGGUAGUGCAAGUUGAAACUCCAUCUCUCUUCACUUCUAAAUCACCUGAUUGUGGCGCAUGUACGAAGUAGAGUAGUUCCUGGAGCAACACAAAGGAUACACAAAUACAACAAUUUAGUUAAAAUGUAAUCUGGUUGGGGCGCUCUGCAUACGUAAGUGGAGCGCAUGGUUUUAAAGGAAACCAAAAGAAAUCGCAUUAAAAAAAGCAUCUAACCUUCAAACGACUGUGUAUCCAAUUCUAGUCCUGAAAUCAAAAAAAAAACGAAACCUACAUAUGUAUACCCUAUGGUUAAUGCGCGAGGGUGUCAACUAAUCAUUGGAUGCACACUUGCCAUGGAAAUACAAAUAAAACAGCAAUCCACAAUUGAAUGUAGCAUCAUUAACAACAAUAAUAUCAAGAAAAGUAACGUAGGGGAGUCCCUGUUGGCCUCUACCACGAGCUCAGUGACUAUCAAUAAUAGCAUUUUAAUGCCACCUUUAGGCACCAAGCAGUUGGCAAACCACCAGAAAUUGCAAGUAAUUAACGAGGCUAACAUAACAAAAAUGGAUGUAGAGACCACGGAUGGCGAAGUGUCAGUUCUUUUGGCUAAUAAGAACUUUCACUACGAUGCACUGUCCAAUCCGGAAGAGACAUACGAAGAUGCCGACAUAGAAUGUAGCGAUGUUGGAGUAGCCAAUUUUGUGGCUGCUAGUGAAGCUAAAGAAUUACUGAGUGAACAACCAAAUCCACAGGUAACGUGGCUAGACAGUGAACAAAUUGAUGCGCUCGAUUUGACAACAUUGGAUAUAGGAAAUAUGUUCUUCAAUCGAGUUGACAGUGCAGAGAUAAUCUAUCAAAAGAAAAAGAAAGAAAUUAAAAUGGUUGGAAAGUAUGUAAUGGGUGAUGUGCUGGGUGAGGGUUCGUAUGGAAAAGUGAAAGAAGUACUGGACUCCGAAAAUCUUUGCCGGCGGGCAGUGAAGAUAUUAACGAAGCGAAAAUUGAGACGCAUUCCUAAUGGGGAGCAAAAUGUGCAGCGAGAAAUACAAUUGCUGCGAAAUCUACAGCACAAAAAUGUGGUAGCGCUCUUGGACGUUUUGUACAAUGAAGAAAAGCAAAAGAUGUACAUGAUUAUGGAGUACUGUGUGGGGGGACUGCAGGAACUGGUUGAAAGCGCACCCGAAAAGAAACUACCUCUAUUCCAGGCACAUCGCUACUUCUGCCAACUAAUCAGCGGCUUAGAAUAUCUUCAUGGUUGUCGCAUUAUACACAAAGAUAUAAAGCCUGGAAAUCUGCUGCUCUCCCUUGAACAAAUACUGAAAAUUUCUGAUUUUGGCGUUGCUGAGCAGUUAGACCUAUUUGCGAUGGACGAUACAUGCACGACCGGUCAGGGAUCGCCUGCUUUUCAACCGCCAGAAAUUGCCAAUGGACACGAGUCCUUCUCCGGCACCAAGGUAGACAUUUGGAGCUGUGGUAUUACGCUCUAUAACAUAUGUACAGGUCAAUAUCCUUUCGAAGGCGAUAACAUUUAUAGGCUCUUUGAGAAUAUUGGACGCGGGCAGUGGCAGGCGCCAGAUUGGUUGUUCAAAUUAAACGCACAGUUAGCCGGACUUAUAUUGGGUAUGCUGCAGGCUGACCCAGCUAAACGAUACACUAUACAACAAAUACGCUGCGAUCCUUGGUUCAUAUCGGCACCAGAAGAAAAGGGUCCACCGAUACCCAUUCCGCCACUUAAACAUGAUAUAUAUCGCCGCUCCACGGUACUGCCUUAUUUAGAUGCUUACCACUAUGAAACCGAACGUGAUUUAGAAGAGGUCUAUUUUACUGAACAUGAUCUGAAUCGUGAGCUUGCUCGCCAAGCAGCUGCAGCAGCCGCUGAAAUCAAAGCACAACAGCAACAAAAACAGUUGGCGGCUGCAAAUUCAACGGGUGCUUCAACAAGUGCAGCUGCGUCAAUAUCGAACAGCAUCAAUAAGGAAAAAAAGUCCUCGUCAUUGAAAAGGCGCGCCAAAAAACUGACAUCUUGUAUAUCUGUAAAAAAGCUCUCAAAUUGCCGACCAUCUUAAUGAGUGGAGGUGAUUGUCACAAGAGUAGGCGCCCAUGCGCAGUACACGUAGUCAUUGGAGUUACGUAGUUUAAUUAUUGCAUAUGAAAAUUGAGAAGUUUCAACUCUAAACAAUUCAUUCGCGGUUGAAUGUCAAGUCAGUUAGCCUUAUUAGUGCAGCUUGCCGAGGUGAGGGGAAUAAGUAUUAGCUAGUUCUCUCGCUGCCAAAUGCAAGCCACACUCCAACAUAAUUUAUAGAAUACUACUUAUCUUUAAUUUGGAGUACUUUAUUAAUUUGCGUUGUUUCGCUGGUAUCUAUUACUAAAAAAAAAGAGUUUUUGAUUUUACUGUAUUAUUCGCGUUUGAAUUUUUGUUGCAUAAUUUUUAGUUAGUACAUAAAUUUUAUUUAAUAUCUUAUUUGAAAUAUACUCCUUACCUCCUUUUGUUAUUUUUCUUUUACUGUCUCGCAUGUAAAACAGUAAAAGAUGUGCAAAUUAAGUGAACCAAUCAAAAUUUUGUUUAU